AUGUCACGCCGCGGCCGGCAUCCCAAGCCGGAGCACCACGACGCGCGGAAGGAGCCGUCGAGGCGGCGGCACCGGCACGGGCCAACGCGCAGACGGAGGACUCCCUCGCCGCCACCGCGGCAGCGGCGGGAGGAGUGCGACGACCGCCGCAGGCCGACGUUGGACGCGAAGGCGCACGAGUUCGUCGGCUCUGCUGCCUCUGCAGAGAUGUCGAGGCCGCGCCUCCGGUCGGAGAUCGGCGAGGUGCGCGGCUCCCUCGAGAGGAUCAGCGUCGCCGAGUACAUGGCCCGCGAAGCCGCAGCCACGGCCACACCCUCUCCCUCCAGGGCACCAGCAACACAUGACACGGAGGCGCCAUUCUCGGUCAGGCGUGACGACUCUGCGGUCCAUGGCUUCGCCGGGACGGGUAACUCUUUUUCGUCAUUACCAAACCCCCCUGUGCGUCGCACCAGCAAUCAGCCGCUCUUUACCGCCGCUCCUGGGCUGCCGCCGUAUCCGAAUGCCGACGACAGUACCCCGGCCUCGAAGAGGAGGAAGACCACGAUCCCAACCACAGUACUACUGGAGCCUCCUCCGAUGAGCACCAACGCUCCUGCCACCUUCAAACCGCCUUCGCAGCAGACCGUGCCAGAACGGCGGCAGCACACGAACGCCUUUGGCAUUCUCGAAGCGUUGCAGCAUGUACCAGAACCUGAGCCGGACGUGCUGGCGCGGGCAGCGUCUCUCAGGACCCAGUUCGCCGGCAUCAUCAGCAAGGCCAACGAGACUCUCAGCGCCAACCGCCAGCAGAAGCUCAAGAAGAAGCUGCAGCCAAAGCCAGCAGCAGCAGCAGCCGAUGAUAAUAAUGCCAUUGCCAGCGGCGGCAAAGGGGUCGCGGACGAGGAGGAGGACGAGGAGGCGGAGAUGUGCCGCGAGGCUCUGCGGAAGGUGGAGGAGAGGAAAGCCCAGGUGGCCUCGCAAAGGAAGACGGCCCGGGAAGAGCUGCUGGAGGUGGAGAGGAAGGCGCGGCUCAACAUGGACGAAGAAGCGCUUCCUCCUGGCGUGCCGAUGGAUGGCCGCCAGUGCAGCCCGGUGGAGGUCAUGCUCGGCUUGUUUGUGAAACCGAUGGACGACAGCGGCGACGAAGACAUUUGA